AUGUAUCUCGUCCAGCGACGAGGGGAGCUGCGAGUUCCCUGUCAAAGAACGAAAGGUCACAAUAUCGGAAAGAAACUCGAAGCGGACAGCAAACGCCUUGAAAGAAUCAGCAACCAAGGUCCCACCCAGAUCAAUCAACAGGCAUUCUCAGAAAAGGACCAUGAGGACAUAUCUCCGGCUCUCUCGCGUGAGGAAAACAGCAUGCUUAAUCCCAUAUUUGAUGGACAGCUAGAGAACGUCAUUUACGAACGAGCUUCUGAGCCAGCUUUUAUUGGUGAAGCUUCUUGCGCUGCCUUUCACAACAGGAUUUUACAAUGCCUUGACGAUAGCUAUCCUUUAGCAACCGUUGCGUUUUCCAACUAUUAUCGAGUUCCCAGAUACCAGCAGCUAUCGUUAGAUCCCAGAACCGACUUUCCCGAGAGUACGCAUGCAAGGCUUCUUCUAAAUGUUGCUCGGCGCUUCAUCGGUAGUUACCCUCUCCCACUUCUAGAGGCAUCAUUUAUGAGGGAAGUAGACGUGGUGUACCGAAAAGAGGUGAUGCCUUCAGACCUCUGGCUAUGCAAGUUCUAUAGCUUGCUAUGCCUGGGAGAAAUCUACACAAACCGAAGAGGGGUGGGUGAUAAUAGAGUUCCUGGAACAGACUAUUAUUUUAAAGCUGUGAAUGUAUUUCGAGAAGCAUUCGAGGAGCCGUCGUUGCUUCAGGUGGAGGUAUUAAUAUUAUUGGCAUGGUCUUCGAACAUUCUGGGUCGUGUCAUGACCGCAUUUAGCUACAUCGGUAACGCUAUGAAGAUCGCGACGAGUAUGGGUCUACAUAGAUCAGCCUCCAAACUUAUCACAUUGAGCCCAGCUGAAAGAGAAUGCCGCCGACGUACUUGGUGGGUUUUAUAUUUUCUCGAGCGUGUCUCUGCUUCCAAACUCGGUCAGCCGAUAACUAUCAGGGACAAAGACAUUGAUGUCGAACUCCCAAGUAUGGAUGGCUUGACAGAAGAAGAAAAGACGGAUUUUCUGGAUCCUAUACCAAUGGUCGCAAACGUAAAGUUAGGUCGCAUCAUUGGGAAUAUUUUAACCGAUAUAUAUGGGAUUCCUGAGCGUACAAAUGGUUUAUAUAUACAUCGAGUAUACACGAUCUUCAAGAAAUUACGAGCAUGGCAUGAUGAACUAGAACCGACUGUACGUCUUAGAGAACAAAACACGCCUCGGCCCGUCCUGAGCCUACACUUGGCAUAUAAUGAAUGCAUCAUCCAAACGACUAGACCGAUCCAUUUGCAUCUUUUCAAAGCUCAGUUUCGACCCAAUUGCAACAGCACAACUCCUCGAGCCCAACGAUCAAACACCCUUUCACCAAUCACUCUGGCAUUGGCCGACAGCUGUGUUCAUGCGGCACAGGCUUCGAGCCGGAUUGCAGAGGGGCUCUUCCUUGAUGGCUCACUUGCGACGUUUGGCUAUUGGGAUGCACAUCACUUCUUUUCGGCUGCCCUGAUAUUGGUAAUAUCACUAGCCCUAAAGCCAGAUGCUGCCACUUCUGAUGCAUUAAAUGUCCUUUUGGCUGUAUUGCAGUCUAUGAAGAAGGAUGGAAAUGUGCCUUCUGUAGACUAUUGUGAAAGGUUAUCACAUCUUCAGGAGCGUGUCGCAAUUCUACGCAACAAAUGCCAACUUGAGGGCAGCCUAGUCACUACUAACACGUCAAGCGACAGUCCCCAAGCUGCGGAAUCCGCUGGAAGUCAACAGGAUAACCCGGCAAACAGGGCACAAAGUUUUCAAACGGGUACCAAUUUGCACAAUGAUCAAGGAAUACAGAGCACACCCGAGAAAUCUAUCGUUAGUGGAAGUGUUGAUAUUUUUGACAACCCUAUAAUUGGGAAUUUCCUAGAUGAUAAUCAGGCGCCCUGGCCAGAUAUGUUUACUGGAAUAUGGGAUCUUGACGAAAGCCGUCUCGAAGAUUGA